UCGUUGGAAAAUGACUGAAAUUACAGCGAACCAGGCCGACAACAUAAAAAUUCGCGUAAUAAAAUUGAGUGAACGCGAUGAAGUGGUUGAUUUCCUACGAACACAUUUCUAUCCAGAUGAACCGUUGAACAUUGCCAAAGAUGAAGAUCCCCUAGUUGCGGAAUACGGUAUUGCAGAAAUAGCGCAUGGAACCAGCCUUAUAGCAGUGCAACAACAAACAGUUAACGGUAUCUCAAGCGAACUCAUAGUUGGCGUACUGUUGUCUGCUCCGAAGUAUAGUAAUGAAGCUGAGCAUUUAUUUAAGGAGGCCGACCGUCACAGUUCGGAUAAUUGGGGUAGGUUGUUUCGGAUUUUUGCUCAAGCCGAGCGCGACGCUAAUGUGUUCGAGCGUUAUAAUGUUGACAAAGCGUUGCAUGUAAAUGCGUCGGGGGUCCAUAGGAGUUUUCGUGGACGUGGAAUUGGAAGAAAGCUCAAAGAGAAGUUGGCAGACUUGGGUCGUGAGCUCAACUAUCCACUGAUGACUACGGACUGCGCCAGCUUUUAUUCGGCACAAUUAUCUGAACGUAUGGGUAUGGAGUGUGUAAAUGUCAUUAAGUAUACUGAUUAUCUGGAUGAGGAGGGUAAUGUGGUGUUUAAGCCCCCACCGCCACAUGAAUAUCUGAAAACGUAUGCCAUGAGGCUGUAAAUGUUAGAAAUAACAUAAUUUAAAUAUAUUUUUGUAUUAGUAAAAUAACUCAUAAUUCAAUAAAUUCUU